UUGUUAUUUUUUAACCAAAUAAAUUUAAACGAAAAAUGCUCCUCUCUUUACACCCCGCCAGUGACACGCCCCCUUCAGUAGGUUAAUAAUUUGUUUUCCUGUCGUCACAGGCUCGCAAAUAAUGCAGCAAUUCGUGGUGUUUAUGUUAUUUUUGUGCGACUGAUGGGAGCGAGCACGGCCUGAGGAGAGGCUGGAACUGCUGAAAGUCGAAAAUUUGAGUGAAAGGUCGUCAAUAUGCCAGGCACGUCCGAUUUUCUGCGCCGAAACAAGAUCAAAUUGGCUACGGUGGGUGGUCUGUUGGUGGUGAUUUUGGCGCUCACCCUCUACUCGACCACCUCGGCAGGUGGCAGCGAUGAGGAACUGGUCAGGGUCAUCCUGCAGGAGGACAUUGAUCCUGCAGACGUGCAAGAGCAAAUCAAGGCCGCGAAUCGCACGUCGGGAAAUUCGACUCUGAUAUUCGCCUCUGUGAUUUUUCGCCACGGUGACAGAAAUCCAACCAACCCUUACAAGACUGACCCCUACGCAGAUGGAUCUGAUUAUGUAGGAGGAUGGGGAGCCCUGACUACGAAGGGAAAGCGGCGCAUGUACCUUUUGGGCAAGCAAAUACGGAAGAGGUACACUGCCCUGAUUCCACCGUUGUACCUGCCAGAGGAUAUUUAUGUGCUGAGCAGUGAUGCCGACCGCUGCAUAAUGAGCGUCGAGUGCCUCCUAGUAGCUUUAUACCCACCACUGCCCUUCCAGAAAAUCCACCCUGGUCUCGAUUGGCAGCCCAUUCCGGUCCACACAGUUCCAAGAGAUCUUGACAGGGUUGUCAGCGCGAAAAGUGUGUGUCCAAAGUAUUCCGAGGCCCUCAACUGCGUUUACAACGGCUCUUACUCGGCCCUAAUCAACUCGAACCACAGUCAACUUUUGACCAUGCUGACCGAGAAAAGCGGAGAACCAAUUAAAAACUACGCCCAGGCUGAAUCUCUCUACAACACUUUGGCCCUUCAGAAAGAACUGGGAUUGCAAUUGCCCCAUUGGGCCUCGGAACAAGUUCUGCAGAGUAUGAAGCAAUUGGCCAUCGAUUCUCUUGCUGCUUUCACGCACACCAAGUUCAUGCAGAAAAUCAAAGGAGGCCCACUUUUGUCUGAAAUCCAAGAUAGGAUGCAGAAAAAGAAAUCUGGUGACAGUCGGCUGAAACUCUUCAUGGUUUCUGGCCACGACCUCACCCUGAUAAACCUCCUGCGAACUCUGGGUUUCACGAAUGAUCUUUGGAAACCAAACUUCUCGGCUUCGCUCCUUGUCGAACUUCACAGAAUCGAGAAAAAUGACAUAGUUCAAUUAUGGUACAAUAACGGAUUUGAAGAAAAUGCCAAUUUUGAGCGUCUUCAAAUACCUGGCUGUGACCUCGACUGCACACUCGAAGCAUUCCUUGAGGUGACCAGGGACGUGAUUCCCACUACUUGGAACCAGGAUUGCACAACAGGACCUUCUGAUAACGAGUCUAGAACCCGGCCUGAGGUGGAGGUGCAAGUAGAGAAUACAAUGUUCCCCAAUUUGCCAAGCACAGCCGAUUUCCUGCGUGGAAAUAAGAUCAAAUUAGCUACGGUGGGUAUUCUUUUGGUGGUGAUUUUGGUGCUCACCAUCUACUGGACCACCUUGGAGAAGCAGGUCAGGUUCAUCCUGCUGGACGAUUAUUCUGCAGACGUACAGGAGCAGAUCAAUGCUGCAAAUCGCACGACAGGAAAUUCAACUGUGAUUUUUGCAUCUUUGAUUUUCCGCCACGGCGACAGAAAUCCAACCAACUCUUACAACACUGACCCUUACGCAGAUGGAUCUGAUUACAUAGGAGGAAUUGGAGCUCUUACUUUGAAGGGAAAGCGGCGCAUGUACCUUUUGGGCAAGCACAUUCGAAACAGGUACACUUCCCUGAUUCCACCGUUGUACCUGCCAGAGGAUAUUUACGUGCUGAGCAGUGAAGCCGACCGCAGCAUAAUGAGCGUCGAGUGCCUCCUAGCAGCUUUACACCCACCACUGCCCUUCCAGAAAAUCCACCCUGGCCUUGAUUGGCAGCCCAUACCUGUGCACAUGGUCCCAUUUCGUCAUGACAAGGUUGUCAUAGCUAAAAAUCUGUGUCCAAAGUAUUCCGAAGCGCUCUCCUGCGUUUACAACAGCUCGUACUCGACCCAUAUCAAUUCAAACCACAGUCAACUUUUGACCAUGUUGACCGAGAAAAGUGGAGGACCAAUUAGGAACUACGCCCAAGCAGAAUUUCUCUAUAACAUUCUUAUCCUCCAGAAGGAACUGGGAUUGCCGUUGCCGGAGUGGGCUUCGGACCAAGUUUUGCAGAGCAUGAAGCAAUUGGCCAUCAAUUCUCUCGCUGCUUUCACGCACACCAAGUUCAUGCAGAAAAUCAAAGGAGGCCCACUUUUGUCUGAAAUCCAAGAUAGAAUGCAGAAAAAGAAAUCUGGUGAGGGUCGACUGAAACUCUUCAUGGUUUCUGGCCAUGACCUCACCCUUGUAAACCUUUUGCGAGCUCUGGGUUUCACGGACGAUCCUUGGAAACCAAAUUUUUCGGCUUCGCUCCUUGUCGAACUUCACAGAAUUGAGAAAAAUUACAUAGUUCAAUUAUGGUACAAUAACGGAUUCGAAGAAAAUGCCAAUUUUGAGCGUCUUCAAAUACCUGGCUGUGACCUCGACUGCACACUCGAAGCAUUCCUAGAAGUGACCAAGGACGUGGUUCCUACUACUUGGGACCAGGAUUGUACGACAGGACCUUCUGACAGGGAAGCUUGCUUAAAUAUCUGACUAUUUCCUUGAAAAUAUUUUAUUUUUUGCAGUAGACGAGAACAUUUUAAAAUAUUUUUAGAGAAAGAUUUAUGAAAUUUUGGAACUCUGGUGUAAUUAAUAUGUAGUUUUGCUAAUAUACUAUAAAAAGCAUACGCCAAUAAAUCAAUUACUUUAUAAUUGAUAUAUAUAUAAAACAAAAACUUGUAUACCUUUGUCGUGAAAUAUCAAGCCCUGAAAAACUAGAAGCACAUUUAUGUUUCCUGUUUGGGAAUUCCAGCAGCUCUGAUUAUACAGGAAGUGUGUUGCUACAACUCUCCGCUUCCAUUGCUGCAUAAAUCUGUAGGUUUGCAAGUUCCCUCAGAGUGCAACAAUACGUGGUCGUAUUUGAAAACUGUCGCAGUAAAAUGAGGAAUUUUACUUUGGCGUUGAUUUUCUUCGUCUUUCUUUCUUUGAUCAUGACGACUUCUGGAUUUGCUUUUUACUCUCGCUUGUUGGAGGGCAGCAAGAAAUUGAAAAUGGAGAGGGCCAUGGGUCUAAGACACUAAUUAAUGGUUUAUAGCUCCAUAAUUUAUGAAUUUGGCAGUUAUAUAAUUGUGGAGGCAAAAAAAAAAAUAUAACAAGGGAGUGGGGAGUGGGGAUUUGAAAACUUCAUAGCAAUCUGUUUUUCCCCUCGUAAAAAUGGAAUAAAUUCGCAAGUAUUUCCAAGCACAAAACAUC